GCACCGCACUCAUUCACUCCAGUAUUCUGCCGACAGUCGCGGCGAUAGCACGCGCGCAUUCCGCUACUCGCCUCAGAUGUUAGUGUACGAUUACGACAUCGCGUUGCAACUCGGACUUUUACCGUGACAGUGAAACGUACUUUCAUGAAUAUGGGUUAAACGCCCCCUUUAGCGUGAUGAGUCCGGGCGAGCGCGCCGCCUUAGGGCGCCGCGAACCCGCUCGCCCCCAGUAUGCUGCCACCGCACCGGGUUUCCCGCCGCCCUACUAUCCGCCCUAUGGCGUACCACAUCCGAAUGCAUGGCUCGGCGCCCCGCUCAUAUCGAUGGCGGGGCGUGCACCACCGCAGGCCCGGAACACACCAGUGUCCAAGUUAGCUAUGCACGCACAAGGAGCACCCCUCAUCAUACAAAACAGGCACGACCGACGAAAGUACACCACUGCACCGGAGCAGCGCAACCAUCGGCCACUUGCACAAGCGGAGCAUGUCACUAGAGACCGGUGUGAUGCACCUGAGGGAAACAGGCCGCGCAAUCAACAGCAGCAAGCGCGUUCCACGCGAGGCGGACGCAACAACAACACGGAUGCGGUCAGUGUCGCGAGUGAUGAAAGUUCCGGCUCGACCAACUCAGAGACUAUGUUGCCAAGGAUUAUCAAACCACGAAAACGACGUAAAAAGGAUAGAAAACCUAAUAAUAUCGUACCGCAUGAUUUAACCACGGCUGCUUUGGAUCUCGGUGAUGUUGAUCAUUGUGCGGUGUCGGGCUUAACGUCUUCACAUGGAAUAUAUGAGGAUACUUACUGUCGGGAAAUGUCUUUGCCUUAUCGUUUGGAUGUAAAAGUGUUAGAGUACCCAGAACCAGUACCGGAAACGUACCGAGUUUCAGCAUUAGGUGAGGCGUUAGAAGCGACCCGUUUUGGCCUGGCUGAGGCUGCUUCACCUGCGGAAUCUGCAGUUAGUUCAUGUCAGUGUCGUCUGUGUGAUCCUGUGGGGCAAAUUUGGGAUGCAGAUUCAAUCGCGGAUUUGCUGGAUGAAAAUUCUUGUGGUGAUUUCGCACCUACGAAAUUGGAAGAAUCUAUGAAAGUAGUUGGCCCUUUGGGUAAGAGAGGAGUUGAUACGACUUUACGACGUAGCUGGAGCGAUCCUUCAUCGCGGGUUCCGGAACGACGAGAGAUUAAUACAAGCGAAACAUAUUCCGCCCCUAAUCUUUAUUCAUUGUUCCCACCAACGAGAAGGGCUAGCUCGCCGGAACCUCGGUCGCCCCUCGCACUAGACAUUUCCUCCGAAAUCGUCACCUCGAUGAACGGCCACCGUGACCUGGAAAUCAAGUUGUUUUCGACCUCGCCCCCGGCUACGAACUCCAACCGUCGUUCCUUCUUCGCUGAUAAAAGUGAAAGUGCUGUGAACAGAUGUAUCGCGGGCAAAGAUCUUAAAGUGAAUAGUGCGGUGAAUAACAACAACAGAGUUGACGCUAGUGUUAAACCAGAUGGCAAAAACAGUGAGGAUGUGUCUGAGACGGGGUGUUCAUCGGCAUUCGUAGCUGGCGAGCCCUCGCGCAACAUUUGUGAUUUAGCCUUAGUAACUGCCUGAGGUACUCGUGUUCGAGUAGCGCGAUAUGUUAAGUGGAACUUUAGUGUUGUCGAGCAGUCCAGGUGGCUCUACGCUCGCCAUUUGAGCUGGACUCAAAUUGUCUCAGCGAGGCAUGCACGGAACGUCUCACUAUCCAAGGCCCACUAAAAUUGAGAUCUCCGAAUCGGUUUCCUGUAGAUUCUAUAAUUAAUUUAUUGAUAACAAUAGCGUAGGAAACUGACGGGGGACUUUAUCUGGUUACACGUUGAAGUUUAUUAUUCGCCGUUUAUUACUGUUUUGUUAGGCGGAAAAGUCAAAUGUGUUCAUCAACGUUGAAAGUCUGAAAUUAAAAUGAAUGGGUUAUUGUAAGUUUGCCAGUAGGCGUCCAUGUCGAGUAAAUGUAUGAUCGGUGGAUUCACGUACAGUUAGUAACUGAACGUGGUUCAGAAAUGUUUCUGUCGAAGUUGUGCACGCAGUCAAGAUAGCAAUAUAUGAUAUAUUAUAAAUCAAUUGCAAUUUUGUGAAACGAGCGAGUGCAGCGAUGUUGCAGGCCGGGCGCGCCAUAACUCGCCGUGUGCAAUUAGCGUUUCACACUACUGACACGGUUCUCGCGCUGCGGCUGCGCGCUCACUAUUGCGGUUUCCCGCGGUUUUCACCGCGCGCGCCGUUCCGGGUGGCGCCUCGUGCGCGCGCACACCGUUUCAUACCACUAAUGACUUUUUUCAUUCCACCUAAGUCUUGACUCUCUCCAGCUAUUAUGCUUAACAUGAAUAUUCAGUCCACCACACAAAAGCGGACUCGAAAACCGGCAGUCGAGCUCUUAUCUAAAAAUCUAUCGAUCUUAAUGUGCUUAUCAGUAUUUCUAAUUAAGCCUUUAUAAAACAAGCAUUCGUCACGUCCGAACGAUGAAGCGACUGUUAGCUAUUAGAGUUAUUAUAAUAUCGUAAGCGAUGAGCACGUUUGACCAUUGCAUCCAUCACGUCCGACCAUAAAAUUCACGAAAGUAUCAUUAUCAUAGUCAUUGAAGUCAUUAUCGUCAACACAGCUCAUCAUCUUUAUCAUUAUUUGCACUUUACAUGACGUUUCAUCGCCGCGAUCGCAAAUCUUUGUUAGUGUUGAAAUUACUAUUAUUUCCUGCAGUUACGUGACUUUAAGUUACUAAAGUGUGUUAAUACCGCGUUCGUUUCUCAUAGUUACAUCACAGGUGUGCUAUAGACAACGUGUCAUGAUGUACACUUUUUAUACUAGUUCUUAAUCUGAUUAAGAUUUUUCCGAUAUAAUUAUGUAAAGACUAAACUUUUUCCGUAUCGUGCCUGAAAAUGCGCUAUAAGUUAGUUGGAUAUAUAAUUCUAAAUGGAUUGCUUUUGCGACAGUGCUUCAGUUACCACUUAAUAUUUUUAUUUACGGCACGACAUUGUCAAGGUCCAAAUAAAACUACCUAUCGUAACAUUUUAUUAUCUGUCAUGAAAUAAAUGAAUAACGUGAUAGUAUUAUCAUUUAAUAUGUAAGUUGUAAAAAGUAUCGUAAAAUCCAUGGCUUACCGGCGAAUAGAAUUCUUCCUUUUCCGCAUGUUUGUCUGUCUUUUUGUUUAUGCAAGGGUACAGCGGAGUAGGUGAUGCCAGAUAAAGUUCCAUAAUAAUGUAGAUAAUGUGAAUAUAACUAAGUUAUUCAUGGACCGUACAGUUGUACGCAGUCUCUAUCGUUGGGUUUUACACUCUACGGGCUGUUUCUAUGUUUUACGUUUUUAUUUUUAUGUAAGUAUGUUUGCUUAUAUUGCUCGGCGCGUGCGUGGGACGACAUGAUAAAUUGGUUUUUGCUUCACUUUUUUUAUCUCUACGACAGACUCGGGCGAAGACGAGGAGUUAUUACAACGCCUUAUCUUCUUUAAAUUCAGUUUUAAUGCGUACAUUCAGGGAUUGGGUUAUUUAUCUGUGCCUUAAUUAUUUGUGCGUUAAACUAUAACCGAACACCUUGAAGUUGGGCUUUCUUCAUAGUAUGUAAACUUUUUAUCGAAAAGGAAGGGAGCAAUAGCUUCUUAAUUACGUGACGAUACGUCUAGUGUUGCUUUGACUACAAACGAUAAGUAAUCGGAUUAGAUAGCUGCACUUGUUAUUACGUCUGAUAUUUAAUGUGCUGUAAUGUUCUCGUCUGUAUCGAGUAAACAAACACGCCCUAGUCUGUUGUUGUGUUGGGAUUUAUAUGGGGCGUGGCAUACGUGGUUGUAAAACUCAACGAUACUCCUCACUAUAUUAUAAACAAAAAUAGGCUAUGUCUAACAUACUGAGUGAAUGCAUUUUAUACAUAAAAUCUAGGUUUAAUAUUUGUUUGUGUAUGUUGUGAGGCAUGAGUUCACGCUCGCACACUAUUUUUGUACAAUAAAUUACCAUGUCCUGAUGUAAAA